AUGGACUUUUUCCAAAACUACUGGUACUGGCGUCUCCGCGCAGAGGCCGCCAUUCUCGACCCGCAGCAGCUGCCCCGCAAGUCCUACAAACAGCUCGCGAGGGACAUGGGACUCCAGAUUGUGACAGAAGAAAACCAACACAUGGUGGGCCUUUUGGAGCUUUACGAAUAUCUCAAAACCGCCCCUUUUGUGGGCCCUUUUGGAACAACUCAAAACCCUGUUUUAGUGCCUUCAGUCCACACCGAAAGCAAACUCCCGCUGCAGCAGCAUCAGCUGCUGCUGCAGUUGCUGCAGCAGCAGCUGAUGCUGCUGCAGCGGGAGUUUGCUGCGGGCAAUGCUUAG